AUGGCUCGAGGCUCAUCUCAGUCCCAAGCGACAUCGUCUUCCACGACCUCACGCCCCGGCGUCAUGGCUCCUCGUGGUUCAGCUGCUGCCACAGCUGGAAUGCGCAGCCAUCGUAUUGGUGGAGGCGGCAACUCCAGCUCCGAAGGCAUGGGCAGCAGUGGCGGUGGCUUUGGUGCCGGAAACAACAUACUUAGGUUUAGGUUCUACACCGACGACGCUCCUGGCUUGAAGAUCUCCCCCACCGUCAUGCUCAUCAUGAGCCUCUGCUUCAUCGGCUUCAUCACUGCUCUCCACGUCUUCGGCAAGCUCUACUACCUCCACUUAUCCACAGGCGGAGCUUAA